AGAUAAUAGCCUUCUUGUAGAAGCUGCCCAACAUUCCCGAGUCAUCAGAGCGACAACUCCUCGAACGUGCCAUGCAAGAGACAGAGAGGCGCUCUCGAAACAUCCCUACGCUCCCUGACCAGUACGUCAUCACCUCGCUAGAGUGCGUCUGGUUUCCGGACAAAAGGAUCGGCUCUGGAGGGUAUGCGUCUGUAUACCUUGGUACCUACCAUGGUGCGACCGUGGCAGUCAAGGUUCUCAGGAAAGGCACGCCACACAGGAUGAUGGAUGCUGAGGUCAAGAUUUGGAUGAAGUUGCGACACCCGCACAUUUUGCCAUUCUAUGGGUGUUGUUCGUUUGCCGACCCACCGUUCAUGAUUUGUGAAUACAAGGAGAAUGGUAAUAUCAACGAGUACUUGCGGAGAAAGCCCGAAGCUGACCGUCGCAAGCUCCUCUACGAAGCAUGUUUGGGAUUAGUCCACUUACAUAGCCAUGACAUCGUUCAUAGCGAUCUCAAAGGGAGCAAUAUUUUGAUUGAUAAAGCUGGUACUGCUUGCUUGGCAGACUUCGGCUUAUCCAAGACCAAGACCCACUCGGUUAUUUAUGGCGUGCAUAACACGAGUGGCCCAGUCCUACAAGGAGCAUUGCGUUGGAUGUCUCCUGAGCAAAUCCAGGGCGCUUCGCCAGACAAGCCAGGCGAUGUAUACAGCUUUGCAAUGACGAUCUACGAGAUUUUCACCAGCAGCCCGCCCUUCUCCGGUGUGGCCGAUUCAGAUGUACAGCACAACGUCUGCAGCUACAAUACGCGCCCUCUGCGACCUAUUGAUCCCCGGAUCGCCGGGCUAGGGCUUGAUGAUACCAUGUGGGCACUCGUUACACGCUGCUGGGACAAGGAGGCCAGAGCCAGGCCCUUUGCGGUACAGGUUUUGGAAAAGCUAAAAGUACUUGCGAGGUCGUACAACGAGUCGCAUCGACAGCAGUACGCUGAGCGGGUGGAGCCUGUUUUGUCCACUUCACAGUAUCCUGCGUACACGCACAAAACUGGUUGUUUAAGUCCUCCCGGAGAGUUCUUCGGAGACGAUGACAUCCGUGCGACUACAUUCCCACGACCACCGUCGCCCUACCAAAACACUCAGUCCUCCCCCAUGUACCCGUCAGCGGCUCCAGCAACUCGCUCUGUGUUACAUAAAUCCCCCAAACGGGCUCAAAGAAUAGCUAAAGAAUGUCCUCCGCCGGCAUACGAGUCUCAACCCGAGGAAGAUCGAGCACUACGAGCCAAGCUAGUCAAGUUUCACUCGCCAAGUAUCUAGUGUCUCGUCUAAUUCUGCUAUGCCGUAGCUGAUUGCCUCUCGUUAGCGACUAAAAAUGCUACACGCCUAGAGUCGAAUCAUAACUCUCACGAAAAGAGAGUAAAUCAUCAUCCCGUGGUGACUGUGGCAUUGCCGUCUGGGGACGAGCACGUCGUUACGCAGGCAAGCAAGAAUAGCUCUCACACCAAGGGCUGGCAACGUAGUAAGUCGCUCUCGAGCUUGAAGAGUGAGGAAAUACAGUUGCUGUUUACUUCGAUUAGCACUCAGGCUGACGACGUGUGUUUAUUAGACGCAGUCCUGCGCUUGACUACGACACGGAAGGCUCAAGUCGGAGAAAACAUGUCGUUUGAUGCUUCUGGUUCGAGCCUCAUGAACCGCCGCACUACAACAACACGUCUAGUUAAGUCCCGAUCGCAGGCCCGCAUAUGACUAUCCAGUCUCGCAUGGUCUUACAGACGACCUGGUCGAUUGGCAUCCUGCGGCAUUGUCAAUGUUACGCUCCGAAUGGUUCCAUCCUUCUCAUUCCGAACUUCCAUAAUGGUAUUCCUAUUCAAAUUUACAUACUAUUCUCUUCCAGAUUAAUGAACAUCGCAUUCGUCCUUCAUAGUC